ACCAGUUUUGUUUUUAAAAAAUAUACCCACAAUUUUAGUAAGAAUCGUAAUUUAAUGGGAAAACUAGAAUGUUGACCUCCAUCCUCGCCCGUAUAAAUGUUCACGAUCCUCAGAAAAUAAUGUUAUUCAACUUGAAACAUACACAAUGAAAACCUUCGCACUGUUCGCUUUGGUGGUGUGCGCCGUCCUUGCGUUGGCCCAUGGCCUGCCUGGGUAUGGUGGCUAUGGUGGACAUGGCCAUGACCACGGCCACGAGCACUAUGGCGGCCAUGGAGACUUUGGGCAUGGAGGCCAUGGGGGCCAUGGGGGUCACGGUGGACAUGGAUUCGACCACCAUGGACACGGUGGGCACGGUGGAUACGGUGGCCACGGAUUCGAUCAUGGACACGGCGGCCAUGGACACGGCGGCUACGGUCACGGUGACCACGGAUUCGGUGGUGGUCACGGUCACGGAUUCGGAUUCUAAGAAUAUAUAGUAACACAUUAAGUUAAUCUCGCCUAAGAUAUAUUCAUGACGGGUCUUUAGUCGUCAUAAAUAUUGCUUAGGUCAGCCGUUACCAUCUUUGGCUCUUUGAUUAAAGUCGGUCACAAUAUGAUUGGAUGCUGUGACCGACUUUGUCUUUGUUUGUACAUUUUAGUUAAUAAAUUAUUUUUCCCAAAAAUA